CUAUGCUACCAGACAAGGAAGCCUACUGUUUUCCGAAUAAAUCUCGCUGCUGGUAUCGAUAGCUUUUGGGUUCGGCUACACUGCGAGCGAGCGUUACUUUUUCUCCCCACGCGUUCUCUCCCGUCUUCACCCUCUCUUUUUAUCCACCACCAGUGCCAUCCCAUCUCCCAAGACCCUCCUAAAACUACCACAUCUUUUGAUCCUUCCACUCUGAUCUGUAUCAGUUUUGAUUUCUUUUCACCGAGUGACGACUGUAGGCUGAGACUGAAGCCUUCCUUUCAACACCUCAAAAAACAAAAAUCUUCAUGAAUAUUAAAAAAACGGGAGAAGAAAGAAAGCCUCUCUUUUUCCCUGGAUUUUCCGACCUUCUUUCCUUCUUGAUCCAGAGUCAACUCUUUGAUAUCUGAGUUCAGCGCCUCCAUUUUUUUCCGCCGCCGCAAUUUAUCUCAAGGAGGAGGACGAGGUCGUGGUGGUGGUGGUUGUUAUGCUACUUUCCACACCCACCCAGUUCAGUUCUAGGAUUUUUCAAAUUCAACGAGUAGGUCUGUCUUGGAGGAUAAUUUGCCACCUCUUUCGAGCCACCUCAGUUGCCUAAAUCUCGUCCAAAAGCAAUGAUUCAUGUGAAAAAGAUGAAAAGAAUUCGCCCCUCUCGCAAUCUACAAUCAUCCUUUCGCCGUUCGAAGGCCGACUUCUUGAGCUUUAGUUACUCCUAGCCAUCAUCAUCUAUCUAUAAUUUAAAGGAGUCCGUUCUCUCAACUCCAGCUUUUCCUACUACUUCCAAGUUCCAAACCACAUUGGUUAGAGAUGCGCAAGCAUCAAGUAUUUUGGUUCCCCAUCAUCUUCUGUUCCAUUGCCUUCUUUCAUACCGAAGCUUUGCGAAUUCCUCUUGGUUCCAAGCUCUCGGUUGCAAACCAUGAGGACUGGAUCUCCCCCAAUGGAAACUUCGCAUUCGGGUUCUUCAACCGCUCCGAUCAGCCCAACCGAUUCGGAGUUGGCAUUCGUUUCAACUCGAUAUCGAUCCCGCUCUCCGAGCAAGCCUUUGUCUGGGUUGCUGGGGCUCAUGUUUCCGUUGGAUAUGAUUCAUUUCUUCAACUCACUGAGGCUGGAGAUCUUGUUCUCUUCGACCCUUCCAAUGGAGCUGCGGUCUGGAGGAGCAACACUCGCAAUUCCUCUGUUGCUUGGGCCAGUCUCCGCGACGACGGAAAUCUCGUUCUCUUGAAUACACACCAAGAUGUUGUUUGGCAGAGCUUUGAUACUCCUUCAGACACACUUCUUCCAGGUCAGAACCUCACCUUCUUCAAGACGCUCCGGGCGGCCAGCUCGAAUUUUGUCUCAAGUUACUACAGUCUGUUGAUGGAUGCUUUAGGCCAGCUGAGACUUAGCUGGGAGACUAACGUCGCUUACUGGAAGACUGGAGCUACUUCCUCAGAACCGAUACUCGCGGCUGUCUUCACCAGAGAAGGAGCAUUUCAGCUUCUCGACAUGAGAUCGAGGCCGGUUUGGUCGAGUUUCGGAGAUGAUCAUAAUGAUUCCUCUGUGAAUUUUCGGUUUCUGAGGCUGGAUUCCGAUGGAAAUCUUCGAAUGUACUCGUGGACUAGUGGUUCCAACUCAUGGAGGAAGGUGUGGCAAGCCGUGGAGAAUCAGUGUGAUGUCUUUGCCACUUGCGGCUUGUCCGGCAUUUGCGCUCUCACUCCAUCGGGGGAUACAACUUGCGAGUGCCCAUUUGGUGGAUUAAGCUCCAAUUCUAACUUCAACUGUUUGGUUCCGGAUAAUCAAACAUGCGACACUGGAUCGACUGUGAUCACACUUAAGCACACAUUCUUAUAUGGAAUUUACCCACCUGAAGAUUUUAUCACUCGGUCUAGCAUCGAGCUGUGCAAGAAUUCAUGUUUGCAGGAUCCUCGCUGCACAUCGGUGACAGUUACUAAUGAUGGUAAGGCUCAGUGCAGAAUGAAAAGAACUCGGUUCGUAACAGGUCAUGAGCAUCCCUCUUUGACAUCCAUUUCUUUUGUAAAGGUCUGCAUCGACCCAUUUCCUGCGGUACCUGGAAAAGUUCAUGCACCUUCUCCUUCUUCUGCGCCGCCUUCGCCAAAACGAUCAUCCAGACUGCACAUUUCCUCUGCUGUUGUGCUGGCUGCCGGCGCACUUAUUGUCUUUUUGGUACUCCAAAUUGGUGCAUUUCUUUGCUUCUUGAGGAGAAGGAAAGCAAUGAAGAGCCUAGGAGCUGCGAGGUAUCCAUGUCAGAGUUCGGUUGGUUUGAUCUCAUUAUCCUACUCAGAGCUGAAAGAUAUAACCAGUGACUUCAAGCACCGGAUUGGGUUGAAUCUGCACAAGGGUGUGCUUCCGAUCGACCAGGUGGUUGUGGUCAAGGAGUUGAAAUACGACGCCGAAUGCGGGGAAAACAUAGGAGAGAAGCAGUUCAAGUCUUGGAUUUUCACUUUGGGAGGCAUACACCAUAAGAACUUAGUCAGGUUGUUGGCAUAUAGUUGCAAUUCCGGCAGAAGAUUUUUAGUGUAUGAGUUUAUUAAGAAUGCUUCAGUUGAUAAAUGGCUAGAAGAUGCUAAACUAAGCAGGAGGCUAACUUGGAGGAGGAGGAUGGAUAUAUGUGUGGGAGUGGCUAGAGGAUUGGCUUACUUGCAUUCUGGGUGCAGGGAGUUUGUCAGCCAUGGGAACCUGAAAUGGGAGAAUGUGCUUCUGAAUGAAGAGUUGGAAGCAAAGGUGACUGAAUUUGGUGUGGCAGCAGUCAGAGGUAAUGUUAGCCAAGAUAGCCAGCAGGCUGAAGUGGAUGUGGCGAGGUUUGGGGAAAUGAUUGUGAUCAUGGUGAGUGGCCAACAAGGAGGGGUAGAUAUGUGUAGUUGGGCUUACAAGGAGUGGAUGGAGGGAUGUGCAGCGAGGGUGGUGGAUUCAAGGAUUGGAGGGAAGUUUAAUGUAGAAGAGGUGGAACGCAUGUUGAGGGUUGCAUUUUGGUGCAUCCAAGCUGAUGCAAGGCUGAGACCAAUGAUGGGUGAAGUACUGAAAGUGUUGGAAGGUACACUAUCUGUCGAUCCUCCGCCACCUCCGUACCCUUGCUUGAAGCCCUUGGAGGAAUCACAUUCUAUACAAUAGGUCUGAUCCUAUAAAUAAUUGACAGGUUUAUGUGGGAUUCAUAAUUCAGAAACUACAUCUUGAUUAGCUUGGCUCAAUCCAAGUUUGACAGCAUGGCAAAGGAUUAGAAUGUUAGCAAUGAGGAUAAGCAUGUCAUUUUAUGAAUGUAUAGAAGCUUGAGGGAGGGAGAGGGGUGGGUGGUAUUGUUAAUGGUAGGCAAGCAAUAGCAGGGAUAAAGUUGGCAUAGGAGAAUUUCCUGUCAGCCCACCUGCUAGUACUCAAAGAGUGCUGUUUCAACUUUCAAGAUGUAAUUUUGUUUUCAAUUUCACAUAUUUCUUAUCACAUAGUUGAUAUGAAUUGUUUUAAUCUGAAUGAGUAAUUCUUUGUUAUGUUCCAUA